AUGGAGCAAAUAAACAAUAUAUCACAAGUGACAGCAUUUAAUUCAAACAGUUUAUUAACUAUCUUUCAUUUUGAAGGUCUUUCUAAUGAAGUUAUCUAUGAAAUUUUUGAAUAUCUGGAUUUUUUUCAUAUUUAUGAAAUUUUCUUCAAUCUUAAUACAUGUUUUCGAAAUCUUCUUAUCAGUUCAACUCUUCCUAUUAAAAUCAAUCUUUCAUCUUUAUCAAAAUCAAAUUUUGAAUAUUAUUAUAGAAAUAUUAUUAUUCCUUAUCAACAUCGAAUUCAAUCAUUUUAUUUAUCAAAUUUAAUUAUUGUCGAUGUAUUCCUUUCCUCGUUUUCUCUAAUACCAAAAUUAAUUCAACUUCAAACACUUAUUAUUGAUAAAAUUCAAUCAAAAUAUCUUAAUAAUUUUCUUAAUGAUUUAUUCUUCCUACCUCAUCUAUCUUCAUUAGUACUUAUUUGUAAGAAUUAUGUUCCAAAUAGAAAUAACUUUUAUAAACAAGUAUUUCGUUUAUCUUCCCUAAAAUAUUGUAAAUUAUCAAUACAUGCACUCCAUCCACCUGAACAAUUACCUAUUGCAACGAAUGAAGUUAGUCCCAUUGUACAUUUAGUCAUCAAAGAUACUAUUAAUCUAAAUGAAUUAUUUGCUUUUCUAUCAUAUGUUCCUCAACUUCAUCGUUUAUCUAUUGAUAGUCUAUCUACAUGAACAAUUCAACACAUUAUUGGUCGAUUUAAACAAUAUUCUUGGUAUGAAUCUCAAUGA